GUAGGGGAGAACCGGAAUGAAAGUAACACUUCGUUUUUUUCCUAAUUACUCUGAGAUCGAUAGAGCUAGACACCAUAUUUUAUGACAAACAACAUAUAUACAGUAUGUCCUCUACCAUUAGGAACUGUAAUUUAAUUUGUAGGGUAAAUGAGUUGAAAUGAAAUAGACUGAGAACAGAACUACUACAAUAUUACUUUUGUACCUGCCGGCGGGAGUAACACAACCUUGGGACGGAAGUAACAACUGGCUAGAAGUGCACAAUAUCGGUCUUAUCUCCAUGUUUCUGGUGCUGGCAGCGCUGGUGUAACUACCAGGGUAGGACUUCUUGAGGAAGCUGUGAACCCAGAGGAACAGGAUUCACUCUGAAGACUCAGAUCCCAUUGACAGGACCCACUGGCGCCGGGAUCCACUGACACCAGGAGCCACUGACACCAGAUCCCACUGAUCGUACCCAUGGCCAUGUACCAGCAGGCAGCUGUCUCCAAGCAGCAGGACAACACCUUCUCCAGCGGGGUCAUGGAGGAGUCUGAGGUCUGCUCUGUGCCUGGGGGGCUCGCCAGCGUCAGGGCACAAUUCGAGAACCAGGAAACUGCAACAUCGCACAAUGUCUCCCAGUUCCACUUCCACCGCAGAGCUGUGCAGGAAGUGCAAUUGAACUCUGAGGUGACAAUGAGGAGCAGUUCCAGAGAAGUCAUCCCAGCCUCGCAGCAGGCUAUUUUCCACCAGGAUGAACAGGUCACACAUGAAGUAAACAACUUUACCUCCGUUUAUGACAACAACCAUAAUGAUGAAAGAGAGGAGGAAGGUCCUAGACUUACAACCAAGGAAUUAAGAGAUCACUUUGAGAGAACCAUUGAAGAAGCUGCCCCAAGCAAGCCAAUGAAGAUUGGCCGAGCUGACAUCAAUAGGUCUCAUUGGGCUUCAAAUAUAUCAGAAAAACAAGUCUCAACAAGUGAGAUACAAAAUGUAUCAAGUGCGAUACAGAAUUUCUCAUCAAGUGAGAUACAUAAUGUCUCAUCAAGUGAUAUAUGGAAAAAUUCUGCUACUGAAGUGAUAGAGGACACAUCUGCUAUUGCAGUUGACUACGAGGACACCGAAUAUUUCCCUCCACCACCUCCAGAAGAUUUAGAGUACUUCCCACCUCCACCCCCAGACUUACUGCAGGUCCCAUCAGAAAGUCCAGAUAUGCCAGUAGAGUGCUACUUAUCACCUGAGCCCCCGGAAUCAGCUUACCCUUCUAAACGUCCACUCAGUAGACAGGAAUACUCCAGGCAGAGAAACCAGUAUGAGUUAAAGCGCCUUUACAAGCAUAUCCAUCCUGAGGUGCGUAAAAACAUAGAGAUGUAUAGUGAUGUGGCUGAGUAUGAAAACACCCAACAAGAGAGUCAGGAGGAGUUCACAGGGGAGACCAGGUAUAUAUACGAGGAUAAUGGUAGCAGCCCCAACGAAUGCAUUAGCCCAGAAGAAGAAUACCUGGAAUGGGAUGAGAUCCUCAGAGGGGAGGUGCAGUCAAUGCGCUGGAUGUUUGAGAACAAACCUCUUGAUGCCAUCAAAGAUGAUGCCUCAAAUGAGGAUGACGACCAAAACAUGGAACAGGAGAUGAUUGUUGGGAGUGAUGUAAGAAGCAAAGCAUGGAUGUUUGAGACCAAGCCCAUGGAUGCAUUGGGAUCAGACAACAUAGCUUCAACUAAAUAUAGACACAAGUUCAAUACGUUGGACAAAGGAGAUGUCCGUGCUGCAGCCUGGUUGUUUGAAAACCAACCCAUGGAGACCCUGAACAAAAUGCAUGGCGAUGAAGAGCUAACCAAAGAGAUAGUGUUUACCCAGGAAGAUGGCAGCUCUACUAUACACAUGCUUGAAUCUCAGUACAUGGAAACUUUAGGUCAUACUGAGACCAUUGAUGACAGUCACCUCCUGAGUCUGAGAUCAGUGCUUGAGGAAAUAAAGGGAGCAGGGAAGACGAUCACAAGCACAUUUGAUACUCAGUUUAUGUGUGUCCUCAUGGGACAGUCUGGCCAGAUGUUGGAGAUAACAUCUAUACGCAAAGUGGAGACUGAGAAGGGGGACACUAAAACAUCGACCUGGCUUUUUGAUACCCAAGCCCUGGACAUGACUAAUAAACUCGCUGCCCCAGUGAAACUUGUGUGUAGCCUGUCCAUGGAAGACAACUAUAAAGGAGAUGUUCACCGGAGUAGAUGGUUGUUUGAGACAAAGACCUUAGACUCCGUUAAUGAAGAUGAAUGGGAGAGCUCAACGCUGCAAAAGGAAGAGAUAAUUGGAGCCGAUGUUCGAAAGCAUUGCUUAGCGUUUGAAAGUCAGCCAAUGGAUUCUCUGAAAGAUGAUGAAAAUGCUAGACCCCCGACUAUCGGUGGUAAUGUUAGAUCUGCAAGACACUUCUUUGAAACUAGUCCCGUGGCAGCUUUGAAGGACCUCAAUGAGGUAGGGAGGCUCAAAACGUUAGUGGCAGCUGAAGAACAGAAGGGUGAUAUAAGACACCAAAAAUGGAUGUUUGAGAAUGAACGACUAGAGAACAUAAGAGACGAGAAGAAGGGGAUUAUUCGUACUGUGAACUUUGAAAAUCUCACUGAAGAUCAAGGUACAAGCUACAACGCAGAUGUCCGUAACAAUUGCAUGGUAUUUGAGACUCAGGCAAUGGAUACUUUGAAAGAUGAUUCAAAUGCUAGAGCCUUGUCCAAGGCGGAAAUUGUCAGAGGCAAUGUCAGAUCAGCAAGACAUUACUUUGAAACCACUCCAGCUGACAAUUUAAAAGACCUUGCUGAGGUUGGGAAACUACAAAAAAUGGUGAGACUUGAUGAAGAGAAGGGGGAUGUGAGACACCAGAAAUGGGUUUUCGAAAGUCAACCCCUGGAGCAGAUUCAAGAGGAAAAGAAGGAAGUUAUUCGAACCAUUAACCUGGAGGAAAUUGAUAAAGUGGAUGUCUCAAACUACAAGCAAAUAUUUGAAACCACAGACUUAACCAGAUGGGAUGAAUCUCAAAAGAUACUCGUGGAAGGUGUAACAUGUGGCUCUGUGAAAUCGAACAAACAUCUGUUUGAGUCUACACCAAUGUACGCCAUGCAAGACAGCUCUGGCCAUUACCAUGAGGUGAAAACAGUGCAUCGGGAAGAGGUUGUCAAGGGAGACGUAACAAGCUGCAAAUGGAUGUUUGAAACAUGCCCCAUUGACCAGUUUGAUGAAAGUGUCACUAAUUAUCAAGUUAUUAAGGGAAUAUCCAAAGAAGAAGUUGAGUCUGGUGACGUUAAAACUGCCAAGUGGCUGUUUGAAACACAGCCUCUUGAUGCAAUUAAAUACUUCAGCAAUAUUGAAGACGAGGAAAGUACAACUAAGGAAAGUGUUGAGGUAGUAAAAGGUGAUGUUAAAACCGGUAAAUGGUUAUUCGAGACUAAACUAAUGAAUGUCCCAUAUGAGAAGGAGGAGUUGAAGAGUGAAAAUGAGAGUGAGGAGAUACGCAAAGGAGAUGUAAAAAUAUGCACAUGGUUGUUUGAGACACAGGCACUUGACACUAUCCGAGAUGAAACAGAAACUGUUCUACAAACAUGCACUGUGAAUCAAGAAGAUGUCCAGGGCAAAGAUGUACGAAUGGCUCGUUUUUUAUUUGAGACGGAGAAUCUUGAGAACAUCACAGGGGAGGAUGAGAGCUUUAAGAGGGUUACAGAGAUUGACAUUCAGUCAGGAGAUGUCAAUAGAAUGAAGUAUAUCUUUGAGAAUCAGUCCUCCGAUAUCAUGACCUCAACAUCUGAGGAGUUCAUGCAAAGGCUCAAAACUACACAAUCAACUACACAAUCAGAGGACAUCCAGAAAGGAAAUGUGGUGAACUGCAAAUGGCUCUUUGAGAACCAGUCCAUAGAUGCCAUACGUGAUAUCCAAGAAGAGACUCUGGACACCCGCACUGUGACUGAUGUACAAGGAGGAAAUGUGGACAAAGGUCGUUUUAUUUUUGAGACGUACUCCUUAGACAAAAUCCAGGAGGUUUCCUCAGAAAUAGAUAUUACAAAGUUGCAGAAAAUAACUUGUGAGGAGGAAGAGAAAGGGGAUGUGAGGAACUACACCAUGAUGUUUGAAACUCAGCCUCUUUAUGCCAUUCAAGACAAAGAGGGCCAUUAUCAUGAGGUCACCACUGUCACAAGCGAGGAGAUAUUGAAGGGUGAUGUGAUCGGGUCCCGGUGGUUGUUUGAAACCAAGCCUCUUGAUUCUAUCAGGGAUACAGAUGAGGUCUAUGUCAUCAAAUCUGUCACACAGGAGGAUGUUCAGAAAGGAGAUGUUACUUCAGCCAAGUGGAGAUUUGAAACACAGCCACUUGAUACGAUUGCAGAGGAUAUAAAAAUGUCAGUUAAAACUGUUGAAGAUAUUCAAGGAGGAGAUGUUAGAAUGAAUAAACUGCGAUUUGAAUCUGAUGAGCUGUCACAGAAGUCUGUGCGAACAGUUAAUGUGAGUGAAAUCCAGAAAGGUGAUGUCAGGACAGCAAAAUGGAUGUUCGAAACUCAAACAAUGGAUAAAAUACGUAGCCAGAGCGAAGAGAAUUUAAUAGAAACAGUCAUGAAAGAGGAGGUGUUAAGGGGAGAUGUUAGACAAUCAGUGUGGCUCUUUGAACAGAAUCCCCUUGACCAUAUAAAGGAGAUAGAUGAGGAAGAUACAGUAGUUAUUCAAGAGGAAAUCCCCAAAGCCGAUGUAAAGACAACAACAUGGCUGUUUGAAACAACUCCGUUCCAUGACUUUAAUGAGAACAGUGUUGAGAAGUCGGAAAUCCUGGGUAAAAGUAUCAAAGGAACCCUUGAAGAACUUUAUAGCCAGAAAAUCGUUAAUUCAAAAGGAGUACUCAUUGAAGCAGAUGAAAUUGGGGACGUUAGAAUGGCAAAAUACCAGCUAAUGAAUAAGGAUUCUCCAGAGAUCCAAAGAGAGGAAAUCAUCAGCGGGGAUCUGAGCAACAUUAUGAUGAAUCUUUUGAACCGUCGGGAAAGAAUUGAGAAGGGGGUAGUGGUAGAGUCAGAAGAGAAGGGUAAUAUCAGUACAACAGUGCAUCAACUGUUCAACCAAGAGAGGGGCAUCAGUGUGGAAAAGGAGGAAAUAUUAAGAGGUGACAUCCAGGAAGCUGUAAACAAUCUUCUCAAAGAGGGAGGAUCUGCUAAACGUGGUAUACUCCUUCAAGAGGAUGAGAAGGGAGAUGUGCAAAUGACUAUAUAUUCUCUUCUAAAUAAAGAAGAGGACAUCAGUGUUGAAAAAGAGGAUAUAAUCAAAGGCAAUAUAAGAAAUGCACUCCAAAGACUAUCCAACCCAGAAAACCAAGAGCAGAUGAGGAUAAAGGUGGAUGAGAACGAAAAGGGAAACGUGAACUUUUACUCCACAUGCAUUGAAUCUGGGGCGCUUGACUAUCUCAAACAACUCCAGGUAGAGCCAGAUGAGACUCCACCUGAAAAGGUAGAGAAAGAGGAGAUUAUUAGAGGAGAUAUUAAGGGGACAAAACUCAUUCUUGACAGUAAUCGAGCACAAAUUGAACGUACAGUAGAUGAAGAGGACAUAGUGUGCGGAGAUGUUCACAACUCAGUCAAGGUUUUCAUGACUGAACCCACACUCUCACUGGAUGGCCUACAGAAAGAGGAAAUUGUGAGGGGCGAUUUGAAAGCCACUAUGAACUCGUUGUCUCAGUUUGUAAAUCAGACAGUGUUUGUAGAGAAAGAGGAGGUGGUAAGAGGUAACAUACACAAAGCCCGAAGGCACCUUGAGUUGGCUCAAAGACGGCCCAAGGAGGUGGAAAAGCCAGAGAUUGUCCGCGGCAACAUCAAAGGGGCAUUGAGGUCCCUAGAGAAAUCUGCAACCUCCAAAGUUGAAGUUGUCAUCGAAGAUUUAGUACCUGGAGACAUCAAAGGUACCUUAAAAUCCCUGGAGCAGGCAAAGCAAACAGUCAGGGCUAUCGAGAAGGAAGAGAUUGUAAAAGGCAACAUUCAUACAGCCAAGCAAUGUUUACAAGAGGCUUCUAAUGACAGGAGGACAUGUCAACAGGAAAUGGAUGUUCAGGGAAAUGUGAGAGGCACUAUUGAGCUCUUAUUGGAACCACCAGCUUCUCCAAGAAUGACACGGAGACCCAGCUUCGAGGGUGAUGUGAAAAUGUCCAUUAAGUCACUCUACGAGACACAUGAGGUGCAGGAGGCAAGGGAGGAACAAACUCAACCAGAGAAAGAGGAGGUGAUAAAGGGUGAUGUUAAAGGCACAAUCAAAUCCUUGCUGGAAUCAGCUCAGCGUGCACCUCCUAAAAUCAGAGUGGGAGCUAGAAGGGUCAAAGUUCCUGUGAGCUCUCCAUUGCGCUCACAGCAAGGAAGCCCUCUAUUACAUUCACAGCAAGGUAGCCAUGAAUGUUCUGUUGUAAACAAAACUGAGAGUGAGACACUUAAAAAUAGGUCUCAAAGCAUUGAAGCACAAAGAAACUUACGGAAAAUAAAGACGGCUAAUUCAGUCAAAACGGAGAGCUCAACACCAGAGAAUCAAUCCCUCUCAACUCAAACCACAAUUAAUACAUCUGAAUCACAGACUACUCAACAAUCAACGGAAGUAAUACAACACACAACCAUCACUCAAAACCAUGGUAUUAAAACAUUGGAGACUAAGUUCUGUAACCUCAAUUCAAGUAGAAAGGGUUUGAUCAGACUAGAUAAAACCAAAGUGAAAACAAAUGUUCUUACCCCAACACGGACAUUGUCUGAGUCUGAAGUUUCUCUCCCUCCCCCACCUCCAUGUGAUGAUCAAUCAUCCCUAACCCCAGCCUCCUCUAUCAAUAGGCUGGACUUGGACCUUCCUCCUCCCCCAACGCCUCCUCCCCCACCACCUGUUGAGACUGAUAAUUUCCCUCCCCCACCACCACAGGAUUUCCUUCCACCCCCACCCUCACAGUAUGAACUGGACUCUAUGUCAUCCCAGACACCUCAUCAAUCACUAGCUAAAGCCACAAAAGUUACUGUCAAAAAGGUGAAAGGUCCUGCAUUGCACCAAGUGUCAAAACUUGGGCCAAACGGUCAGAUUCAGAAAAUUCAACAGGCAACCUCAGAGAAACAUACAACCAUAGCCAACAAAUCUGUGGUGGAAAUCAGCAAAACUCAAAUUGAAUCAACAUCAUUUUCAUCAAAAACAGUUUCAUCUGACAUCCCAAAACCACCAGAAUCACCACAACAAUUAAAGAAAGUUUAUGUUGCCCCUAUAAGAUUAACACAUCCACCCUCUCCCUUCCUGAAAUCCACUCAAUUCAAAACUCCAUUAAUAAAGGCAGAGGAAAAGUACAGAAAACAGAAAGUGGGUAGUACAUCACCUGCUACACUGAGUCCCAUUUUCAUGCAUGAGCCAGUAACUGCUGCCCUUGAAAUGCUCUCCUCUGAGGAGACCAGAAUGGAGCAAUCAAACAAGAGCAUGAUGUUUGGUUUCACUCAAGAGAAUGCUGAAAAGACUGUGUCCAAUGUCAAGUCAGACACACUGUCAUCUGAUUUUUCCAAGCAAGCCCAAAUCUCAGAUACUCCUUCAAGCACGAAUUUGAUCUCUGCUGGGAAUGAGCAAAAUCUCCCUGAAUCUGCUGUUAUUUCUGCAACUAAACACCAUAUUGUCUCUAAUGAAACAUCCAAAGUCUCCUCCAUUCAGCACCAGACAUCUAUUUCCUCCACAAAGCAACAGCCAGUUACUGCAGAUAAACAACAGGUAUUGUCAGCAUACACAGAGCAGUCACACUUUGCUGUAAGUAGCUCUCAAGUCCAGAUCUCGACCAGUGAUGCAAAAAAGUUUGAAAAUACAAAAGCAGAUGUAAAAAAUCUAAAAAUGAACUCUCAAGUCCAGAUCUCGACCAGUGAUGCUAAAAAGGGUGAAGAUAUGAAAAAAGAUGUCAGGAAAGAUGUCAAAAACCUUAAAACCAAGUCUCAAGUCCAGAUCUCGACCAGUGACGAUAAAAAGGUUGAAAAUACAAAAAAAGAUGUCAGGAAAGAUGUCAAAAACCUCAAAACCACCUCUCAAGUCCAGAUCUCGACCAGUGAUGCUAAAAAGGUUGAAGAUACAAAAAAAGAUGUCAUGAAAGAUGUAAAAAACCUCAAAACCAACUCUCAAGUCCAGAUCUCGACCAGUGACUAUAAAAAGGUUGAAAAUAUGAAAAGAAAUGUCAAAAACCUCAAAACCCACUCUCAAGUCCAGAUCUCGACCAGUGACGAUAAAAAGGUUGAAGAUACAAAAAAAGAUGUCAUGAAAGAUGUAAAAAACCUCAAAACCACCUCUCAAGUCCAGAUCUCGACCAGUGAUGCUAAAAAGGUUGAAGAUACAAAAAAAGAUGUCAUGAAAGAUGUAAAAAACCUCAAAACCACCUCUCAAGUCCAGAUCUUGACCAGUGAUGCUAAGGUUGAAAAUACACAAAACUAUGUAAUGAAAGAUGUAAAAAACCUCAAAACCACCUCUCAAGUCCAGAUCUCGACCAGUGAUGCUAAAAAGGUUGAAGAUAAAAAAACAGAUGCCAAGAAAGAUGUCAGAAAUCUAAAAACUAAAGAUUCCCAUAAAUCUGAGGAUAAGAAGAACAAGGAUAAUUCUGCAUCCCAAGGACCCGAAAAGGUUUCUGACCAGCCUACCAAAACAGAAAAGGUAACCCAAGAAACAAUUGUCAAAGCAGCCAAAUCACCCUUGGAAGACAAAAAUAAAUAUGAUCAUUAUGUAUCACAAGCACCUGAGAAGGUUCCUAGUCAGUCAAUUAAAGUAGAAAAGGUAACCUCAGAAACUAAUGUCAAAACAGGCAAAAAGAAGACCAAAGGGCAAGAAAAGCAAGUAGAAGUAAAAGACAUGAAACAGCCAGAUGAAACUAAGAAGGAAAUCAUUUCACAGGUGAAGGAUGUAAAGGUGGAAGUGAAGGAUGUCACUAAGGUAAAGGUUUCUAGUGAGCAAACGCAUCAUGAGACUGAGGACAAAGUCAAGGUCAAGGAGGACAGUCAGAAAGCUCUUGCUGUUAAUGACAACCAACCAGCAACUCCAACUCCCGCAAGAAAGAAGAAGAAGAAGAAGAAGAGGUCAAAAGCCAAAGAUGCGGCUGCCUCUGCAGAAUCAACUAAAUCUGUUUCUGAAAGUUCCACUCAAAGUCUGGAGAUCACUGUAGUGCAGACGCACAAAGCCCAUCAAGAGGAACACAUUCAGGUACAUAAGGAAGUGAUUAUCACUGAAAGCAAAGUUCAUCAAAGUAUCCAGGAACAAGGAACAGUGAAAGUCGAAAAACAAAUCAAGGCAUCGCAAAAGAAGAAAGAGGUGACUGCAAACCAGCAGAUUCAAGAGAAACCAAAGGAGGAAUACAGAAAUGUUCAAGUGAAAGUGGAAAGUGGAAAAAUGACAAGCCACUCAGCACAAAAGGAACCUGCGAAUCCCUCAACAGGGAGCACUGAGGAUUCUCAAAGACGAGAACAUGUCCAGAAGUUAAUCUCACAUAUAACAGAGUUAGAGGGAGCUACAGGACAAGUGGAUUCUAAAUCUGUGAAGACAUUGCUCAAUACUAUUCCAGAGUGGCUCAUUGGUCCUGAGGAAACAAUUUAUUUGGAGGGAACUGCAGUUGAACAUAAUAUACAAAAGCUUACAGAAAUUGUUUCAAAUGUGAAAAAACUAGCAAAAGCAAAGCUGAUGUGUUUAGAGGGAACCCACACUACUCUGGAGAAGCAUGAGAGUAAACCUACUUCUGAAAAGAUCAUUGUUGGUGGUGCAACUCAAAAAAUACGUAAGAUAAGUGUUGGCUCUUCGAAAGUUGAAUGUCAGAAGAAAGUUGUGGAAAGUAAAAAGACAUCACAUGAAAGCAAAAAGCAAGAGUUGACUGUAAAAUCUAUUGAUCGUAGCGCACCCUCACCCUUACUACGGAUGCGCUCACCCUCACCCACCUUUAUUACCAUUGAAUCUACCCAGAGAACGGACUCACCUCGGAGAAUAACCCCAUCACCUAUCCCAACGCUCAGACCAGCCACUCCCCCAACUCCUCCCCCUCGCAAAUUUGAACCUCCUACAUCACACAUCAAUAGGGCCACACCCUCUCCUACCUUUCCUAGAGCAGAGAACUUGGCGUGGAUAAAAGAUACUACAGCCCAGCUUUCUCCAGUUCCUCUUCCUAUGCAAGUCACAGAAAAUAAAUCUGACAUUGUGGAACCCCCCGCAUCAUUCUAUCGGCAGAUCAAAAUUGAGGAACAAACUGAGGAAACUUCUGAAAUGUUAGCCAAGACAAUUGUCACUGCCAAAAAACACAAAAAAGAAUUAUAUGAAGAGGCUCAAAAGGCUGCUGUGAAGGUCACAGGUGGAAGGUCAUUCCCUCAAAUGGAUAAAGAAGACAUGGACACUUCAGAAAUCUCAGACUCAUCCAUGGUGACUACAUCAGUGAGAGACAAGAGAGAGUUUUUUGAAGAAGUACAAAAAGCUGCAGAAAAUAAGACUUAUGUACGAAAGGAUCCCAUUGACAUACCCGAGCGCUUGUGCCCAGACAUGGAGGAGCCCAAAACAACAAACCAAGACAGUAAGGAUGAAACACAAAGCACAUCUGAGAAAAUCACAGAGAACAGCACUGAAGUAGUGGGAUCUACAGAGUCAACCAAUAAAGAAUUGAUGGAAGCUUCAGAAAUGUCAGAGUCGUCAAUAGUGACUACAUCCGUGAGAGACAAGAGAGAGUUUUUUGAAGAGGCACAAAAAGCUGAAACAAAUAAGACCUAUGUACGAAAAGACCCUAUUGAUAUCCUAGAGCACUUAGGUCCAACCAUUAUGGAGCCUGAAACAGAAAACCAAGAGAGGAAGGAAGAUAUACAAAACACAACUGAGAAAAUCACAGAGAAAAUCUCUGAAGAAGUGGGAUUUAUGUGGGAUGACCAGUGGGAGUCAGCUGCCAUAGAGGCUAUGGAAACUUCUGAAUUGUCAGACUCAUCAGCAGUGACAUCGGUGAGAGACAAGAGAGAGUUUUUUGAAGAGACUCAUAAAGCUAAAGUUAAUAAGACUUAUGUGCGAAAGGAUCCCAUUGACAUACCAGAGCGCUUGUGCCCAGACAUGGAGGAGCCCAAAACAACAAACCAAGACAGUAAGGAUGAAACACAAAGCACAUCUGAGAAAAUCACAGAGAACAGCACUGAAGUAGUGGGAUCUACAGAGUCAACCGAUAAAGAAUUGAUGGAAGCUUCAGAGUCAUCAAUAGUGACUACAUCAGUGAGAGACAAGAGAGAGUUUUUUGAAGAGGCACAAAAAGCUGAAAUAAAUAAGACUGAUGUACGAAAAGACCUUAUUGAUAUCCUAGUGCACUUAGGUCCAACCAUUAUGGAGCCUGAAACAGAAAACCAAGAGAGGAAGGAAGACGUACAAAACACAACUGAGAAAAUCACAGAGAAAAUCUCUGAAGAAGUGGGAUUUAUGUGGGAUGACCGGUGGGAGUCCACUGCCAUAGAGGCUAUGGAAACUUCUGAAUUAUCAGACUCAUCAGCAGUGACAUCAGUGAGAGACAAGAGAGAGUUUUUUGAAGAGACUCAUAAAGCUAAAGUUAAUAAGACUUACAUUCGAAAGGAUCCCAUUGACAUACCAGAGCGCUUGGGCCCAGAUAUGGAGGAGCUCGAACCAGAAAACCAAGAGAAUGAGAAGGAGAACCUUCCAAAGGUGGACUUGUCUGGAUUAGUCAACAAAUUUGAAACACCAGAAGAGAAAGUUUAUGUCAGAAAGCCUAUCACAAUGAGAGAAAGACGUGGGAGUGAGACGGAAUACACAAAGUCUGACAUAGAAAAUACAUUAACUCAAGAGGAGGAAAUGCUUACUUUUGACAUCAAGUCUAUUAAAAAUGUUUUUGAAAUGAGUGAGCAAAGUCCAUCUUUCAAAGAUGAGAAAAAUCAACCAGAUGAGCUGGAGUCAAACCUGAGUGAAAACACAACAGACAGUUCAAAGCAGGAGAACACCCAGGAGACACAGAGGGGCUCCGGGCAGAUUUCGCCCCUGCCUUCCCAGAAAGAAGUGCAACAAACGUCAGCAGACCCAACAGACUCUGAAACCAAGUUAGUCACAGAGCAUUUCCUGAACUUAGGUGAAUUAGGCAACAACACGAUUGGAUCACUGAGCAGCACAACUGUUUCCCAGCACUCAAAGAGCGUACCAACCCACCGUCCCCCCUUCUCAUAUGCUGACGUGGUAAAAAAAAAAGGUUCUCAGGUGACGCCGUCUGAAACCCCUGAUGAGGCUUCCACUGAAGAGUUGCUGAGGAAUUUCCACAAAACAUGGACGGAGAGUGAGAGUUUUUUCAAGAGUCUCGGCUACAGUGUCUCGGAGGAGAGAACAUCACAUGUUGUGUCACAUCAAACGAAGACUGUUGAUACUGACUCGAGUUCCCAAGUCGGAGCUUUGCACUGUAUGUCGGAGGAGGGUCUAUCCGAUGGAGGCUCUAAUAGCGGACAGAAAAAAAUUCCAUAAAUCUUGUUUCUUCUGCGAGCACUGCAGAAAUAAAUUAAGCCUUGGCAACUAUGUCUCUCUCCAUGGACAUCUGUACUGUUUACCGCACUACAAACAACUAUUCAAGUCCAAAGGGAACUACGAUAAUCGAUUUGGUCAGACACUUCACAAUGAAAAGAAUGUCAAUGAAAGUGGCAGACUCAUCACUUCAUCAGAGCAACUUGAUUGGAGGUAUUCACAGAGCAGCAUAGGCACAACAGAAAAGGACACCCUUGAAAAUGAAUUUAUGAAAUCAAUUGACGAGAACAGACUAAAUUGUAAUAAGAUAUCUGUUGUGUGGCCUCCACAAGCCCACUCCCCACAGAAAGCCUUUAAAGUAGAGGAGGACAAAAAGCUGACUAAGCCACAAUGGCCUCCGCAGGACAACUCUCCAAAGUCACCCAAACAACAACAUAUAAAAGCUAUUUCCAGGAGCUCUCUUUGAAAGAGAGCAUUCCCACCACCAUCAUGUAUGCCACAGAAAACAGAAGAAACUUCAAGCAGUCGAUGGUAAGGCAACCUAUGAGGGCAAAAAGACAGUUGGAAUUGGGAAAAGUCUGAGACUGAAGGACAAAAGGACAAGUGCAGUUGAUACGAAGGGAAUAAAUGGUAGAAAUGGUAUAUAUAUUUAUGGUGUGUGAGAGUGGAAGAAGAUGGUUAGGAAAGUACUGAGGGUCAGAGUGAAAGAGGAGUAGAAUGACAGAUGGAAACAUGGAAUGUUAUGCUUAGAAAUGGCACAGCCUACCUCAUUGGUUAUUCAAGAUUGAUCAUUGAAGACAUUAGCUCUAGAUUUCACAUGGAAUUGACUCACAUUACUCAUGUUUACUUGAUCUCUAAAAUAUAAUGUUGAUGUGUUCAAUAGGUCUCAGAAAUAUUUGACUAAUAUCUUUAGGGUAAUGUACUUUAAUUGGUUAAAUGUAUAUUUAUCAAUUAGUUUAAGUCCAUGGAGAGAGUAUUGUAGAUUUUGAACACAGUCAUCAUUUUCUCUUGGCUAUUUCUUUCAACAUACAGUAUCAACAUUUUUACAUUGACCCUUUUCUAGCACCUGGUGUGCAGCCUAGUAAAAAUGAUCUUGGAAAUACUUUCUUUUUAAUAAAAUACAGUAUAUAUCCUGUUAAUUGGUAUUAAUAUUGUUUGUUUUGGACAUUUGUAUCCUAUUUUAAAGAGCAAAUAUUUUGCAAUGCACAUUAGUUUCUUUAGAUUAGACUAUCUUGCUUUGUACAAGAUAAUUCCUGAUUCUUUCAUCCUGUCAGGCUGGUUACUCAACAACAAUUCUUUCAAAUGUAUUGCUGAUCCAAGGGCAAUAAAAUGAUUGAAUUA